CUAACCUAGAUUUUAAACGUCAAUGAAAGUUACAAAAUACAAAACAAAUCAAAACAAUAAAUAAUAAAUAGGUUUGCUUAGAAGAAAUUUGAUCCUAGAACUAUGUCUCUUUUCAGAAAACCUAAAAAGUCGAUUCAACGAAGAGUAUUCACAGAAAACUACGAGGAAGAUGAAGACGAGACACCCAUGGACGUUCAGGAAUCGGCUCCGGUGGGAAAAAAGCCAAAAAAGAAAGAUAAAUCCUCCAAAAAACCGCAAACUCUCUUGAGUUUCGAUGACGAGGAAGAAGGAGAAAUGUUCCAAGUUAAAAAAUCGUCGCACAGCAAAAAAGUUUUACGUAUGUUUGAAAAAGAAAAGAAAAAGAAGGAAGUUAAACCUGAAAAAGAGGAACCGAAACCUAAGGAUAAAACUGAAAUUGUAACGGAUGAUUUUGUGUUGGUGGUUAAUUCCAGUCAUAAAAAGCCAUUGACGCCUCCACCACCUGUGAUUCUGAGUGGUAGAGAUGCUCUUUGUGCAGGUAAAGAUGAUCUAACAUCAGAAGAAGAUGAAGGAGAAGAAGAUAGUGCAGUUAGUCAUCGUUUUUCUAAACCUGACAAUUUUAAGAAAGUAUUGGAAUCUGGAGCAAUUCCUGAUGCAGCAAUGAUACAUGCUGCAAGAAAACGCAGACAAAGAGCAAGAGAAAUGGGUGACUUUAUACCUACUGAAGAAGAAGAACCAGAAGAUAAGGGAAGAUUAUUGAGAGAGGAUGAAAAUGAAGAAAGCGAUGAAGAAAGAAUAGACAUGGACAUAAACUUAGCUUUGAAAGAUCAAGAAAGAAGACGUGAACAAUUUUUAGCAGCUCAAUCUUCAGAUCAUGAAGUAGAUGAAUGGGAAAAUCAACAAAUUAGAAAAGGAGUAACAGGAGCAGCCAUGGAGGCCGCCAGAGAGAUGUUAUAUCCACCAGAGUGUCCAUCUCCCCCAAGAAUAACCACUCAAGUUCCUCUCAUUGAACCUGGUAUACCAAGAACGCCCCAAAUGAUAGCUGAGAAACUAAAAGAACAAUAUGAAAAGGUCCUUCAGUCCAGACAGAAUCAUGAGAUUCAAUUAGAUAAAACAAGAGAAGACAUCCAAGAAGUCAUGAAAGAAAUAGAAGAAUUAAAAUUAAAAGCACCCAAUGCUGCUGACAGGUUCAGAUUCUACCAAGAACUAAGAGGCUAUAUCACGGAUUUAGUAGAAUGCUUAGAUGAAAAAAUUGGUGUCAUUUCUAACUUAGAAACUAGAGCAUUGGAUCUGAUGGCUAGGAAAUCUGACUGGCUGAUAGAGAGGAGACGGCAGGAUGUCCGUGACCAAGCAGAAGAAGCUACAAAUAAGGGUGGUAUGAUGAACAAAGGAAUGGAGAUGGAAGAAAAGCAACGAAGAGCCGCUGAGAGAGAAGGUCGGCGAACUAGGAGAAGAAGGGCUAGAGAAACUACUGGGCAACCUAAACAUGUAGAAGGCAUGUCCAGUGAUGACGAAAUAUCGCAGCAAGAUAUUCUUCUGUUUGAUAAAGAUCGAGAACAGAUUCAGACAGAGCUGCAAGAAGUCUUUGAGGAUGUAGUAGAGGAAUAUUCAUCAACUGCUAGCAUUCUGAUACGGUUUGAGCAGUGGAGGUCAAAUGAUCUUACAGCCUAUUCAGAAGCAUAUGCCUCGUUUUGCCUACCUAAGGCCGUAAGUCCUCUUGUGAGGCUCAAUUUAGUAUUUUGGGACCCUUUGAAUGAAACGAUGGAAUUGGAAAAAUUGGAAUGGUAUAGAACAUUGGCUUUAUAUGGACUGCAUGAUGAUGAGACAGAAGAAACAUUAGCGAAAGAUCCUGACAUUUCUAUGUUGCCAACCAUUAUAGAGAAAAUAAUAGUUCCAAAACUUACACAACUGGUAGAUAGAUGUUGGGACCCUUUGUCUAGUUCACAAACAUUGAGAUUGGUUGGCAUUAUAAGCAGAUACAUAAGGAGAUUUCCAACUCUAGGUCCGGCCAGCAAAUCUCUGCACAACUUAUUUAGCGCAAUUCUACACAAAAUGAAAACCGCUCUGGAGCAUGACGUGUUCAUUCCCAUUACCCCGAAAAUAGCGGACAGCAAAUGUCAAUUUUUCCAACGACAAUUCGCCAGCGGAUUAAAACUUCUAAAAAAUAUAACCAGUUGGCAAGGCAUUCUUAACGAAACCACUCUUAAAGAACUGGCUUUGACGGCUCUACUGGAUCGAUAUUUAUUGAGCGCUUUGAAGUUUUGCGCUCUGGUAGACGCCGUGCAAAAAGUGAGACUAAUAAGUUUAAUUCUUCCGAGGGUGUGGCUGCAGGGCAGUACGCCGGAAUUCAAAAAUUUUACUAACUCGAUUAUGAGCUUGCAUCAGCAAUUGGAUAAAAACAAUCCUCUACAUCUCGAACCGAUUGAGACGGUUACAAGUAUCUUAAAGACUUUAAGGUCGCAAAUAUAGGUUAAGAAAAUUAUGUAUGUACCUUUAAUGAUAUUUAUUA